UGACACGCAGAAGCGUAAUAGAGAUUCGUAAAUAGAUGUACCUAUUGGUGUAUGCGAUUGUGUGCUUUCUGUAUGCAGAGAUUCGCGGUCUUGUAAAGAAUUUUGCGUAGCUGUGUAGUGACAGGGGGGAGGUCUUUAGCCCCCUUCGCGAGAGCAGACGCAGGUAAUGAGUUUAUAUACCGUAACUACGCCGACACCAAUAAUAAGCACAGUAAUAUCAACGACAACAACGACUACGACGGCAGGGGCAACGGUAACAGCGACGACGACGGCUACGCCGACAACAACAACGGUGCCGGCGGUUGCCGUGUCGCCCGAAGCUGCACCUGGUUGGAUAGAAUUCUGUGAGAGACACGCCCGCACUUCGGCUUCCGAUUUUGCCAAAGCUUUGUGUACCUAUGUCAGUUUAAAUCUACCCGAAUGCGCCAGAUCGAAUCUCUCUCAUCGCGACUUUUUAAGGAAAUUCGUCGAAAGCUUCUGCGAACAUUUUGAAACUGAAUACUUGCGUCGUACAGUCAGAUCACCAUCUAUCUAUGAUACUAGACAGACAGUCCCUAAUGAUAGAGAUGUUAAUAUUACCAGUCAGAACAAUAAUGCUCCUAUUCGUGCAUCAUCUCACGAAGAAUUCAGUGAUUACUCAGAACAUGAUGGUGAUGCAAUAUCGCCAAAACCUGUUCAUAAACCGUUUUUCCGACGAUUGUCCUUUAAAGGACUCAAGAAGGGUAAAAGUUUCUUUCAUAAACAACAAAGCGAUGAGGUGGAAUUAUCUCAUAGUGAACAUCGUAAAGAAAAACAUUCGAAAGCUAAACUUUCAAAGAUUGUAGUAGAAUGUAGGAAAGAAGGUAUUGUUAAUUCCUUAAUGGGAGAAAAUACCGAUGGUACUCAAAAAUGGGAAAAGUCUAGGCUGGCCUUGAUAAAAGCCAUCGGUGGAUACAUGUUAGAACUUUAUUCUCCUCCAAAAGCUGUAAAACCGCGUAGCGGUGUAUUUUGUUCCGCAAUAACCGAAGCUAGAGAAACGACUGCAUUGGAAAUGCCAGAUCACGAGAAUACAUUUGUGUUGAAGACAAACCUUGUGGAAUUUGUCAUAGAAGCUCACAAUUUGAAUGACAUGAGAUCAUGGUUGGCCACCAUUAAGUAUUGUAUGCGAACGGUACAACAUAAUUCUAUUAAUCCGAGUUCUGGUACUGAUGCUACUACAGAGUCUUUAAUGCAUGGUUCGCUAGGUAUUAAUAACGAAAAUGAUAGAUUGAGGGCUAACUCUGCCAGUAAAAGUUCCCGAUCCGCAGUCCAUGAACAUGGAGACGAGGCAUCUAACAAUCCCCCAGAAAUACCUCUAAGGCUUCGUACAAGAAGUAACAGUAAUAUGGAAUUAUGUUCCUCACAACAAGAUAUUGAACAGAUACCUACAAACGAAGGGGACACAGACUUAUCAAGCAGUUUAAGAGAAUAUCCAUGGUUCCAUGGAACUCUUUCUAGAUCGGACGCAGCACAUCUGGUUUUACACAGUGCUGCUUAUGGUCAUGGUGUAUUUCUUGUUCGACAAAGUGGAACAAGGAAAGGAGAAUUUGUAUUAACAGUUAAUUUUCAAGGCAGAGCGAAGCAUUUGCGUAUGACGUUAAGCGAUCAAGGUCACUGUCGAGUACUCCACCUUUCUUUUCCUGCCAUAUACAACAUGCUCGAACACUUCCGUCAAAACGCCAUACCUCUUGAAUCUGGUGGAACUGCGGAUGUAACUCUAACAGAAUAUGUUGUGGCAAAUCAUGCAAUACGAUCAGGACAUCAUAAUGUGCCUGUAACAAAUCAACAACAAUCGCAAGAAAGAAGACCUCCAGCAGCCCCGGAGCCCAGAGAAGCGCGCACAUACGGAGGUUCUAUAAGAACACGUAUAGAAUCCCUGGAAAGACUGGAACAACAAAACAACAUUGUGGAACAACAAAGUUCAUCAUUGUCUGGUGGUAGAGCCAUUCAGAAUACUUACUGCUUUCUUUGA